AUGACAUCCGAUCCUGUUAAUACGAAUAUAAGUAGCCCCACUUUAACGGACAGAAAUGCAGACGAAUCAUGGGAGCUCUUGAAAAGAGAGUUUAACACAUUAUUUAGCAACCUGAAAACUGACAGUAAAGAAGAAGGUAAUUUCACAGACAACAAAGGAGUAAUCGCCAAGAAACCAAUUGUUCUGCAGGAUAAUGAUGAUUCGGAUUUUACGCAGAAUCAGGGAAAAGUUGCUACUGCAACCAGUACAACUAGUGACAGAAGCUUUAAGCGAACACUUGGUUCUAUUGAAAUGAAAAAACGUUAUGUUAAGAAAAAUUGCCAAGCAAAAUUUGUUUUUAACACGCUUGAAGGUAAAGAAGUUUGUUCGAAAAUACUACAACAUACCCUAGGCCUAUUAAGUUUAUUGCUAUUGACGAGAAAGAUACGACUACUAAAUUUUUCCUCAAAACUGCGAUUGGUGAUUCAACAAUUGAGUUUAUUUCGGUACUAUUUGAGAUUCGGAAACUUUGCGAUCAAUUUAUAUAAAAUUAUCAAAAGAUUUCGCUGGUUGAGAGAAAUGAAAAAACUACAUUAUAAAGAUCAAUCAAUUUUAUUUUAUUUUAAAAAUUUCCGGUUUUUCGACAUUAUUGAAGCUUUUUAUAAUUUGACAGAUGAGUUGAUACUGUUCCAUAAGCUACAAUCAAUGUUUGGUAAAAAGAACACAUCACAUGCAAAUACUAAUAGACUAAUGACAUUCGUCAAAGAACAGCACUAUAUCUUAUGGGAAGUUUUAAAUAUUCUUGCUAUCAAUAAAAACAUUGAACAAUGGCGACAGCUAAUAAGAGAUGAAAUUUAUUUAAGUAUCUAUAAUACCAGUGGUAAUGCAAUAAAGGAAUACGAGUUAAAGUACAAACUACCUACCAAUGACAAAGUCAAUUUGGAGUUACGGAAAAAUAAUAUUACAUUGGAUUUUUAUAAGAUAAUACUAAACUUAUUGUCUAAUCUAAUUAAUAUUAAAGGUAAAAGGGACAAAUAUAACUCAGAGCUAGCUUACGAAAUAAUUUCAGUAGGUUCCGGUGUUACUGAACUCCUUAAGCUAUGGAACCGAGCCAAAGUCACUUCGGCUAAUGAACAUACAAGCGCUGUUUGA